AUGGCGGGCGCUGUAGCCAGCGAGCUGGCUGGCUCUGCGCUGUCGGAGGGCGCGGCGCUGGAGCGGCUGUUCGACUUUGCGCUGACCAAAUACCGGAAGACGAUUGACAGCUUCACAGACGCCUACGAAGAAGAGGAUGCAGAGGAGGAUGCUUCCUCCUCUGCCGAGCCGACUCUGAGUGGCAUCAUGCGCCUCCCGGUCGCGCUUCUCACCCAACUGCUCGGCGCAGACGGGCUGAGAGAACUGCAGGAAAACGCAGAGAAGGCGCGAGGGAGCGGGGGGUCGAAGACAAGCCCCGCGCAGGGCGGAAGCGCAGCGAUGAAUGCGCGCCGAGAUGCAGUCGCGAAACUCACGCUCUGCUUCAAGGCGUGCGCCGGCGCAGUCGAGAAGCUCGCUCUUUUCUCUGCCGGCGAGGACUGGGACGAAGUUGCCACGAAACAUCUCAGGUAUCUUCUUCUUCCGUACUUCCUGGGCCGUCUUUCGAUGGAGUGCUCAGAUCUCCAGCAGCGCCUGAACAGCUUGAGAGAGACGCAGGUUUUCUUUCGGGAGUUCAUGGCGGACGUGGAGCGCCUGGGCAUCUGCAGGCGCGACGACGUGCGCGCAUUCGACGCGCUAGUGGACGAACUGCAGCAGAGCGCUGCGGGGGGCCAAGCCGGUCCUCCUCGCGCGUCUGCGGGAAAUCCGGCGGCGCGAAGGGACGAGCUGGUGGCUCGCGCGAAGUUUGAGAAGGAAGUCGACGCAAAAGUCGCUGCGCUGCUGCGGAAACGACGGGAGGCCGCUCGGCGAAACGCUGGACAAGAAGACCAAGAGGAGGGCGGUCUGCUCGGCGUCGACGACGAGGACGAGCGAGACUUCUGGGCCUCGAUGCUCUCCAGAGCCGCAGCGGAUACGGUCACUCAGAUGGGCCUCGUCAUCCGGGAGUUGCCGCUGCUCACCAUGCGACUGCAAGACGACGAGAGACGCGGGGGGUCAGAGGCCAACGACAGCCGGCUGUUCCAGGGGCGCCCAGGAGCUGCCGGCUCGGGUGAAGCCGUUCGCAAGCCUUGGGUCUACACAAUUAAAGACAGGUCCGACCUGCGGCGGCUCUACAGAGAAAAGGUCUUUACGCCUGGCCAUAAUCUGCCCACGAUGAGUCUCGCAGAGUGCGCCGCCAUCGAAAUGGAGAUGGAAGUCAAUCAGAUCGGCGCGACAAAGCCGAAAAUCGUUGAAGAGUAUACAACCACGCAAGCACGAGCGGAGCGCGAAGAGAAGGAGGAACUGGAAGAGCGGGCCUGGGAUGACUGGAAGGAUGAGAAUCCACGAGGCUCUGGUAACAAGAUGGUUAACAAAGGCUAG